AUGUCUGGCAAGCUUGACCAGUCUCUUGACGAGAUCCUCUCCACUCAGCGUCGCUCCUCCGGCGGUCCCCGUCGUCGCUCUCAGCGCCGUUCCACUGGUCGCCCUGCGGCCGCUGCCCCAGUCGGCGGUGUUCAGAAGACAUCGAAGCCUGCGCGUGCCGCCGCAAACAAGCCCAACGCCGCUAAGCCCUCGCAAGGCUCUGGUGACAGCAAGGUCAUCGUGAGCAACCUGCCCAAGGAUGUCUCCGAGCAACAGAUCAAGGAGUACUUCCUCACUUCAGUUGGACCCAUCAAGAGGGUAGAAAUCUCCUACGGACCCAACUCCGUCAGCCGCGGCAUCGCGAACAUUACCUUCCGUGACGCGGAUGGCGCUAGCAAGGCCUUCCAGAAGCUGAACGGUCUUCUCGUCGACAACCGCCCCAUCAAGAUUGAGAUUGUUGUCAGUGCUUCUCAAGCUGCCAACGUCAUCCCCCCCUCCAAGACUCUUGCUGAGCGCACUUCUCAGCCCAAGGCUCAGCCCAAGUCGGCUGCCAUCAACAAGCGCAACGCCAAUGCCAGCAAGGGUCCCGCUGCUGGAAAUGCUCAGGCUGGCAAGAAGCCACGCCGUGCUCGCUCUGGUCGUCCCGCCAAGAAGACUCAGGAGGAACUUGACUCCGAGAUGGCUGACUACUUCGAGUCUGGCAACGCUAACAACGAGAAUGCUGCGGCUCCCGCCCCGGCUGCCACGAACGGCGAUGCCGCCAUGGAGGAGGACAUCAUGUAA